AUGACUGGAUCUAGAAGAAAUAAUCUUUGUUUGAGAGCGACUUCCAUUUUCAGCAACAUUAAGAACUCCACCUCUAGAUACGAAGAGCCAGAGAAGCGCAAAUCCAAUAUGUCGAUUCCUCAGCAGAAGCCGGAAACCAUGGUACGAAAUAAAGUUACAUGGCAGAAGAAUAUACUUCCUGGGGGUCGUAUUGACUGGGUAAUUGUUCACCUUGGUGGACCAGUCACGAUUAAGACAAACUUCGAGGCGCAGAUCGUCAUUACUGAGAUAUUUGAGAAGAAUAAUCAGGUUGCUGCGGACAUAGGCGCGGUCAAGAUACCACUUGAGCUAGAAGAUAAAUCCAAAAAGAAUUUUCUGGAUUUGAAUAUUGGUGGAAGCUCACGAGAAAUGGUUACAGAAGCUACCGAGAAGCAAGAGACAGCUACCUCGGGAGAUGUCACGGAAGAAAUCGCAAUCUUCGGGAAUGAAACAAGUUCGAUACAUGAAGGAAUGACAAGGAGAUUUGGAGGGCCGCAUAAAACCAAGAAUGGUGCUGGGAAAGUAACAGUUGGGCUGAAAGAAGCUGGAUCAAUGACAUUGAAAGACUUGCGAGUCGAAGGUGUCAAUGAGGCGCCACGUGUAGCAGCGGAGAUCUUUACACCUUCACUAAUGCGAAGCCAAAACACACCAGCCGCAUCUCGCAUCUCUCAAGUCGCAGCUGAAAAGAACAGGGGAAGCCCAGGUUUGGAAGCACAGAGCAUGCAAGGGUCACGAACCGCAUCGGCAAUCUCAACCCCGAAGAGAGCACGCAACAACCCCCCCCAGUCCCGCAGUAUAUCCCUCAAACCUUCACCAUCAAGAAAACCACAUCCUGCUGACAUCUUAAAAUCAUUCCGCCACAAUCAUACUACGAAUCCGAUCUAUCUUCGGCCAAUGUACCCUCCUGUCUCCGAUAAAUACAGCUCAAAAUCACAGCUCACUAAGUCAGAUACCUCCACAAAUACCCGAUCUCUGACCCUACGACCCAAGACAUCAGUCAGUGCUGCUUCAAGAUUGAUUAGAAAUUCUUUAGGUUUACGAGCCAUUCCGAGGACGAGGAGGCCUCAGGUAGACCGCAAAUGA